AUGUUGUGUUUGAGACUUCUUGAUAACGUGGUUAAAAGAUCUCCUCAGCUUAGUAACUUUGGAAGAAUGAAGCUGGAACAAACCAAAAUAAAAAUUACAAAACACCACGAGCCUCAAGAGGUCGUCGAUGGCCUUGCCGGUCGAAACACGAGUGUGAAGGGGGUGGCGGUUCACGUCUUCAACAACAGCUUCGUAACAACGGUGGUGGAGGCAAAAGGUUAUGGGAGCUCAGCGUCGACAAGAGAUCCAAAAACAAAGAAGAAAUACUCUCCAGAUCGGUACCAUACUUUUGAUACAGGGGAAUUCAAGAUGAUGUCCGGAAAUUACACGACCAUUGACAACAAGAAUGUUUUUGGAUCUGUUCUUAUUCAACUCUCCAAACCUUUCCCCCAUCUGGAACACAAGGCAAGAUCUCAGGCACUUCUUGACCUCCCCGCGAUGCCGAUGAAAGAAUCAAAGAUUCCCUCUUUCCCUUUGGAGGAAGCUUCAAUGAAAAAACCGCUAGCAACCCAGACUUGUAAGCUUAAAACUGGAGGGAAGAUCAUCGGGUUCAAGUCACGUGCUCCUAUCUACCUUGGCUUUAGAAUUCUUCUUCAAAUUAAAUCCGGUUUUGAAGAGGCUAACAUUGAUGUGGAAAAGGAAGAAAACAUAUAG